AUGGUCUCCAGCGUCAACACCUGGGUGUGGCUGGCGGUGGUGUUGUUAAUCACCCUACUGCGCUAUGUCUCCCGAACCCUUCAGAUGGGUGUACCCCGCCAUCUCCAGAUGGAGGACUUGGUGAUGCUCUUCACCGUGGUCUUCUAUAUCCUCCUCACCGUGUUCCUGGUCGAGGUGCAAAAGCAUGGCACCAACGAGAUCCCCCCAGACCAAUUCGACGACAUCGACCCCGCGUCCAUUCCCGAUCGCAUCACGGGCAGUAAACUGGUCAUUGUUGUGGAACAGAUGUGGCUGGCCACCAUUUGGGGAUGCAAGGCGUGUCUGCUCUUGUUGUAUUCCACCAUGACCUCGGGUCUUUCCCAGCACCGGGUCGUCAGGCUCAUCGGCGCCUUCUGUGCCCUCAGCUUCGUCGUGGUGGAGGUGCUGUUCUUCGCCGCCUGGUGCCGACCCUUUUCCGCAUACUGGUCCGUCCCGCCGAAAAGCCUGCAGUGUUCCGUCUAUCGCGACCACUUAAUCCUCGUCCUCGCGCUGAACAUCCUGACCGAUCUCUUGAUCAUGGCCAUCCCACUACCCCUGCUGGUCAAAGCCAAACUCACCUUGGUCAAGAAGAUCACCCUCUGCGGCGUCUUCUCGCUGGGCGCCUUCGUCAUCCUCUGCUCCAUCAUGUCCAAAUACUACUCCAUCUCCAAACCCUACGGCGACCAAUGGGUGGACUGGUAUGUCCGGGAAGCCGCCACGGCCGUCAUCGUGACCAACAUCCCGCAGACCUGGACUCUGUUCCGACGGUUGUUCAACUGGCGGGCCUUCUUAGCCCACUCGUCCUACGACCGCAGCCACGGAAAAUACACCAACCGACUGGAUAGUUCGACCAUCCAUCUCUCCCGGUUCCGGGGCGGCGACAAGUCGCAGGUACGCUCCACGAUCGAUCCGACCGAGUCCGGCGAGUAUAUCGCCCGCGAGCAGCCGUUGGAGAUCUGGGAGCAUCGUCAGUUUCACGUCACCAAUGAACCGGAAGAGUUGCGGAAGAGCAGCAGUAUCAGUCAGGCGAGCAGUGGCAGUCUGGAGUUUGACACGACGGGGUAUCAGAACCAGCAGUCGCGGACCACGGUGACCACGGCCGUGCAGCAUCCCGAUGCAUAA